CUCCCAUCACAAGUCCACAAAUAAGCUCACCCAUAAUAGCUAUUGCCAUGUUUGGCAUUUUAUCCACGUGCUUCUUUCUAAUUGGCUACUACGUAUUCGUCGUCAAAUGCUACUUAAACCGCACAAGCCACAUCUCCGACGACCCUCCGACGUUCUACUCUCCAAGACGCGAAAAUCGAGGGCUCGAUGCAUCUGCAAUAAGAUCAAUCCCAAUUCUUGAAUUCAAGAAAGUUGAAUUCUCGGAACAAAAGCCUUACGAAUGUCCCGUUUGUUUGGACGAGUUCGAGGAGGAUGAGAAGAUUAGAGUAAUCCCGUUUUGUGGACACUACUUCCACGUAGAUUGUAUAGAUGUUUGGCUUCACAAAAAUGCUAAUUGCCCUAUUUGCAGAACAAGUGUUUUGGCUCAUGAUAUAAGUCUCAAUUAUUGGGAUCAAACAAUAAUCCAUGCUCGUGAUCAAAGCCCUUCUAAUUACGAUGAAGAAUAUGUGGUGAUUGAAAUGGAAUCGCAAGAAAAUUCGAACUCGGGUGAACUUAUAUCGAGCAUUCCUUCGAAGGAUAAGUUCGAAAAUAACAAGAUUUCAAGAAGUGGGGGAAAAAUUGGAAGAGUUCUAAGUAUGGGAGACGAAUGUAUUCAUACUACGCAGAAAGACGAACAAUUUGAAGUGGUUCAUCCCAUUAUAAGGAGGUCUUUCUCCAUGGAUUAUUGCAGCAAUGGUAGAGUUACAAGAUCAUUGUUUUCUUGAUUCUGUAAUUUCUUUUUUUUUUUUUAAAUUUUAAUAAUUGUUA